GCCAGUCUAGGCAAUCAAAUUGAUGUUGUACUGACGUGUAGUUCCUUCUUUUCUUAGAUACCCUUAAAGUCGAACGCCUUUUUCUCCAAGAUCUGAAUUGUAUCAACCUACCCCGCCAUCAUGAGGACCGUGCUCCAGAGAGUCAAGUCCGCGUCAGUCACUGUUGAUGGCCAGCUCAUAUCGUCAAUUGGGAGGGGCAUCCUAGUAUUGGCUGCAGUUUCCAAAGAUGACACCGAGAAAGACAUAGAGUUUAUGGCUGCUAAGGUCUUAAAGACCAAGCUUUGGGACGAUGACUCAACAGAUCCUGUAGGACGAUGGAAGCUCAAUGUAAAAGAGAUCGAUGGAGAGGUCUUGUGUGUCUCCCAGUUUACCUUGCUUGCAACUACGAAGAAAGGCAACAAACCAGACUUUCACCAGUCUGCAAGCGGCGAGAAGGCGAGAACUUUGUAUCAACAUUUCUUCAACCAAGUACAGGCCCAGCAUGGCCCAGAGAAGGUCAAAAACGGCGUCUUUGCUGCGAUGAUGGACGUUGCACUGGUCAACGAUGGACCAGUAGGUUUAGACUGCACUUACCCCCAGACAGCGAGUGCGAUCCUCGAAAUCUACGGCAGGUCUGAUACACUGAUAGCAUGCUGACCUUGUGAUCAGGUUACUAUACAGAUGGACACCACCCCGCCAAAGGCGGCCGGUGGCAAUGCAUAGAUUGCCAUUGGCGUCGACACAGCCCUUCUUCGUCUGGGUUUCAGCCUAUGUGUAAGGCCAUUUGGAGAUACUUCAGGUAUAACAUACGUCAACAAGCUUGCAUGAAGAUGAUCAAGUCUCAGCGUUUCAACUCCAUAGUAGAAAUGGUGUAUAGACUUGAUAUCCUUAUACACCACAGAACACAGGCAAUCCCUUACACUGGGCCUCUCCACGAAUACAUCAUGUCAAAC